AUGUCACGACUGCUCGACGAGGCUUUUGCAUCCGCGCUACAGAAGGCUUUGGCAUCUGCGGCAGCUGUGGAAGAGGACUGCUCAUGUUUGCAUGAAAACGAUAGGCCGUUGUCUUUGCUGAGUAUGGGCAGAGGCAUCGCCCUCGCAAGCAGCAUGUGUCAUGGUCCAAGGCAAGUUGUGCCCUUCUCGCAGCGCAUUUUCCAGUCUUCAGAGACCGUCCGAGAAGCACCCGAAAUGGCAGGCUUUUGGGAUGCAGCUGUGAUGGACUGGCUCGUGAAGGCUCUCGGAGCUGAGCGCUGUCAUGAGUUUCAAGGAUGUCAGAUGGCAGAUCCCCCGCCACUCACCUAG